CAGGAGUAAGAAACUUUUUAGCAAGAAAAAAUUGAAAAGGAAACAGAAGACUAAAUUAAAAGUAAAAACGCGCAACAAGGUACGUCUGUAACUAACCUUAAAAAGUUCUGACUGAAAGAAUGAAAUAAUUUCAAUUGUGAGAUGUGAGAAAAAAAUGUGUAAGUAGCGAUUUUGUUGUUCUGGGUAUAUAUCCAGCAGUUUUUGUGUACUGCUUUCUUUAUGUCACUGUUAACAAUGUUAACCUUUUUAUUUUAUGCUGAGCAUUAGUAGCAAACAUAAUGGGAUAUGAGCAGUGUUUUUGUUUCUCCAAUGCCUGGAGUGAAAAUGUAGCUAAAACAGUAUUAAUUUAUAGUUAAAUUUUAAGAGAUGCACAUCUAGCCCAGAGCUGGAGGCUGCUGCUGCAGUUAUGUCCAUGUUGGUUAAAGGAGAAAGGGAGCACUCUAUGUCUAAGGAAUUAAUAGUAAUCCUAGAAAAUUCCUCCAUAGUGGAAUAGAAACUUAACGGUUUCUAAAGUCUAGGUGAAAGUGACAGUAUUUUAAAUUACUGCUUUGAGGUAAUCUUUCUCUAUUACAGACCUAUUAUUCCUCUGUUCAAAGUAGAGUUUUGGAGGGAUUUUCAUGAAGGCUUACUCUAGGCCUGGAAGAUUCUUCCUAGGUUUUGGUCAUAAGGAGAAAGAAGCUCAUCUGUAGAAUGGUUUUGCAGGACGGUACCACUGAAAUUACCAGUGAAAACACUUUCUAGUCAGUUGAAUAUCACUAUAAUAAGCUGUAGGUUCCUUUGGCCAUCUUAUCCGUAUUUGCCAUAUGUCCUGUAGUUACUCUAUCUCAAGACAAAUGGGAGGGUGAAGCAAACCUUCUUAAUCUCUUAAUUUAGUAUUGCCUUUUUGGAUACUUACUGGAUUGUUCUGCUUAUCUCAAGUAAUGCAGCUCCAGAGUAGAGCAUAGAAGAAUCUUAUCUUCAGAACUUCUCUUUUUAGUGCUGGACAGUUAAGUACUUCUAGUUCAAACAAAAUUUUUAACUCUUUUUUUCAGUCAUUGAGAAAUUAAAGUUUUUAGUCAUGUUUUCUUCAUCCUUUUUAUUAGACCCACUGUCAACACAGAAAACCAAAUUAGAAAUUAGAGCAAACAGUGCAGGAUGUCAUUUGUCUUGUAUGUUGUCUUGUGACAGAAAUUUGUGCUUUUAAAAUAAUUGAAGAGUUAACUUAUGGUUACUGUACGAAGGGAAACUUGGCUUUCUGCACAGUUGUGCCCUAGUUGGACUACUAAUUAGGAAGCUUAAUCUAGAAUUGCUAUUCCCCACAAGCUUCAUAGUCCAAUAUAUUUCUCGGAUUCGUUUGCCUUGGAUAAAUGGAUUUAUCCUUUCUGAAUGGCCAGAGGAGACAUUAAUGUAUUAAUGCCUGGCUCUUGUCAGUAGUUAUAAAUAUGGCACUAAAUGAUCAUCUUGCAUGUUGUGACUAGGAAGUGUUGUUUCCAAGAUUUUUCUUGGAUUUAAAACAGCUUCUGUGUGAAAUGCUAGGUGGGAUUUUUCCGCUCUUGGAAAGUCAUAAUGGGUUUUUUCUAUGCUUUGUUUUGGAUGCCUCUAUUCUUUGCCAUCUUUAAGAUGGACAAAACAGUUGUAUUUGUCCUCAGAUACAGAGGUGUAGAAAAGCACUCCAGCUUACUCCUGCUUGGUAGCAGGAAAUUGAGUAUUUCCUGAAAAAUAAAAUUGAUUUAAUCUCUUUAGACUGUUAAACUUCAUUUAUGGACAAAGUGAUUUGUUGUUUUUGGUGGUGGUUUUGUUUUGUUUUCUUUCAUCCCCAUCAUGGUUUUCAGUGUAUCCCAUGUUUACUAGUGCAGAAUAAACUUUAUGAUCAUUUCUGCAUGGGAAUGUCUGACAACAGACGUGUUGCUUUAGGAAAACCUGGGUUUAAAGUCUUAUAGUGGAGCAGAUCGUUCUGUAGUGAUGUGCUUUUCAUUCUGAAGAGGAGAAAUUUCAGAGAUCAGUUUAUUUUACGUUAACUGGAGUUUAAAUAUACAUGGCAGCUUUCUCUUACUUUGCAAUUAGGGGGUGGGGAGGGCCUUAAAUUAAGAAUAAGCUGAAGGAACCUUGCAAAAUUUUAUCUAUGCGCUGCACUUCCUGAAAAUGACAGUUGAGUAAGAGAAGACUGAGUAAUUGAAGAGGGGAGAAAAAAAAUCAUUGUUGAGAAAUUGGAAAUGAGUUGUACCAUUUAAGCAUUCACGUUGUAACAUUUUAAGGGUAAAAAUUAAUUGAUGUCUUCUACAGCCCAGUGGUUUGGACCUUGUUCUGUUAUGAAGCUGUAGUCGUGCUAUAAUCACUUGUAUAUGAGCCACUUUUAACUUCUGAUUUUGGAGUUUAAUAUAUUUUUUAAAAAAAUUAAGGUAUAAUUAAGUUUUCACACCAAAUGUGAAUUUGGUGUGUUAUGGCUUUAGCAAUAAAACGCCUUUUACACAGAAAAUGAAUAUGUGAAUAUGAGACCUGAAUUUAGCACUACUUUGAAAAAUUUGAGUCUGCCUAAGGAGGAGAAUGUACUUCCAAUGAGAUGCAUUCAUGUUUAGUUUAUGCAGAAGUUCUAAGCUGUUAUUUAUUGAGCUUAAUACAAAUGUAAGGAAUAAAAUUUUGGGAGAGCACUGUUCACAUAGCAGAAAAAAAAUACUGUAAGCUGAUGAUUGGAUGUAAAAAAUAAAUCAUGAGAUAAGUAUUUUUCUCUUUAAAAAUACAAUAAUAAUUUGGCAAUGUUCUCAAUGGCUUCUGUUUUACUUGAUAUUUUGACCUCAGCCCCUUUUUAAACGAUGUUUGAAGUGUUCAAAGAAUUUAGAUAGUAUUUAUAUUCUGUGCUGCACACAGGUUAGAUCAGGUCUUUAUUCUAGGUUUACCAUCUUUAACAACAGAUUAGCUUUCCUCUGUUAGAUAUCUAUUUCUGUCACAUGUUAGAGUAAGCCAUUCUUGCAGUUAACUGGUUGAAGAGGAAGGGAAUAAAUUAGUCAGAAAAUAGGCUAUGUUGGGAUUUCAUCUUUUGGUAAAUGGGGUUGUUUGAGUGGGAAAUAAGUUUUAAAAAAGACCAGAGGGUUCUGUUUUUCCCACUUCUUUCCUUGCAUGUAUUAGAACAUUACAGAAGGCUAACUGAGAAGAGUGCUAUUAAGUCUAGUUGCUCCAUUUUAUGAGGAAAACCAUUUCAAGUGGAAUGUGAAACUUCUGUUGAUGGCUACAAGACUUUUAGAAUGAAUAAGCAAAGCAGGAGGGGUGAGAGAUUUGCCUUCUAUGUUAAGAAGUGGAUAGAUUGUGAAGAGCUGCCUCUGAGAACCUGCUCAUGGCUUUGAGGGCUUGUGCGUUAAAAUCUGGGACCUCACCAAUAAAGGACAUCUCUUGGUCAGGAACUGCUACAGGCCACCUGAUCAAUGGGAGCCUGUGGAUGAGGCCUUCUUUCUUCAGCUACAACAGGCAUCACACUCACAGGCUCUCAUCCUAGCAGGAUAUUUUGAACACCCCCACAUCUGCUGGGAAAACAACAUGGGAGGCUUCAAACAAUCCCGGAAUUCUGGAAAUCUAUUGAGGGUAACUUCCUAGUCCAGGUAUUGGAUAAAGCAACCAGAGAUGAAGCCUUGCUGGAUCUGGUGCGCAGCAAUGCAAAGGAGAUUGAAGGGAGUCUGGGAUGAGUUUGUGGUCUUGAGGAAUGGGGGCCUGGCAAAGAGUAGAGUCAGGACCCUGAACUUCAGAAGAGCCAACUUCCAGCUGUUUAAGGAGCUAUUGGAUGAGAUCCCCUGGGAAGCUUUCUUUAGGACAUAGAAGGAGAGUGAGCUGGCAGGACUUUAAGGACACCUUUCUGAGAGCACAAGAGCUCUCUCCAUCCCCCUGCAUAAGAAAUAAAGCAGAGGCAACAUGGCUGAGCAAGGACCUGAUGGUCAAAUUAAGAGUAGGAAGGAAAUGUACAGGCAGUGGAAGCAGGGAUAUGUGGCCUAGGAAGAAUACAGGGAUGCUGUCUGGAUGUGCAGAGAUGUGAUCAGGAAAGCCAAAGUACAGAUGGAACUGAACUUGGCAAAAUUUAUGAAAAAUAACAAGAAGGGAUUCUACAGGUACACUUGUCCAAAGUGACAUAGGCAAAGAGAGUGUACCCCUUCUGAUAAAUGAAAAGAGAGAACUGGCUUCAACAGACAUGGAGAAAGAUGAGGUACUCAACAAGUUCUUUGCUUCAGUCUUCACUGAUAGGCUUCUCAGAUCUCUUGUGUUCCUGAACUUCAAGGUAGGGAUUGGGGGAACAAGUAAGAAAAUGAAAAGACAAGGAAAAAAAGAACUUGCUGAAUGAACAUUUGAACUAGGAAAGCAGAAAAUCAUUCUGUUGUUUUUUUAUGUAUCACUUCUGUCUCUGAGUUAGUAAAAGAAAUCAAAGAAAAUGUUUCUUAUAUAACCUAUCUUUUGAACAGAUAGUUUUGUGACAGGAAACUACAAAUAUUCUGAUAACUAUAAUCGCCUAAAUUAAAGCCACUGAAAGACUUAAGCAAAUCGAUUACCAAUAAAUUAUCAGUGGUUUUUAUCUUAUGAUAAAGUUUGCAGAGAGAAAGAAGAAUGUGAGGAUCACAGGUGCCCUUCCUACUCCCCAUUGUGGAAUGACGUGUCUUGUUUUUACUGAGCACCUUUCUUUUGCCUUGAUAAACAUUGGUAUACGUUUACUUAUAUUUUAGUUGAAUUUUUUCCUCUAAAUAAAAGACAGCGAACAAUUAAAUUUACACUUAUCCUUCAGUUCUAACCUAUUCUAAUCAACCAAGCAGCUUAUUGUUCAAAAUAGGAUUUAUUUAGUGGAGUCAGAAGGCCAGUGGUUUUAAACUGCCAAUAAGAGGUAGUGUAUUUCAAGAUAAUUCUUGAAUUAUUACAAUUGCAGCUACAUUUGUCAAGUGUGUAACAAAUGGAGUAGAGGAUGCUCCUAGCUUCAACGAAUUUAUAAUUUUCAGAAACGAGGUAUUGUGGGAGGAGAAAUGGAAAUAUGAAGUAAAACAAAUGUUAACAGUGGGUCUGUAUCAUAGCUAUGUAAUUCUAGUUCUGAGUCAUUCUUGUGCUAUACUGUCUGUUUUGAGAUUGCCUGUAGUGAAGUCUGUAUGGGGGGUUUUUGUCUGUAGUGUACUUAUACAGAAGAGCGUGACAUUAAACAGAAUGAUUGGAGUAAUUACUGUUUAAAAGCUAAAGCUAUUUUUUUUUUUUACUGUAUUAAGUAAGGAACUUUUUAAUAGUGAAGUAUUGAGAACAAGGAAUGAGUUUAUUUUUGAAAAUUAGUCAGCUUAUUAUUAAUAGGCAAGAGAACAGGCAUUGAUAUUUUAUCUAGCACUGUAAUGUCUAAAAUUAUCUGUGCUGGUGAGAUGAUUUGGCCAACCUAUUUCAGAAGAAGUGCCUGUGAGCUACAGAACUCAGAACUGCUCCAGAACUUAAACUGUUCUGGAAUAAAAACUAAGCUGAACUCCUGGCAAGAAGGAGCUGGAAACUCAUCACUGAAGUUGCAAUCGUGAUACGUGAUACUAAUUAGAUGAGUGAACUUCAGAUAGAGACGGAAAACCUAGAGAGUACAAUAACCGUACCAGAUAUCAGAUUACAUAGCAACCCUUCAGCUUUUAAUGUUUACUGCAAUAUCCGGCAUUGUGUAUUGGAGUGGCAAAAAAAGGAAGCAUCUGUCUCUUUGACUUCAAAGAACAGUGUACAGAGUGGGGAUUCGGACAGUGAUGAAGAAGAGGAAUCCAAAGAGCCACCUAUUAAACUUCCAAAGAUCAUUGAAGUUGGAUUAUGUGAAGUUUUUGAACUGAUAAAGGAGACCAGAUUUUCUCAUCCAUCCUUGUGUCUCAGGAGCCUACAAGCCCUACUUAAUGUGCUCCAGGGACAGCAACCAGAAGGCCUGCAGUCAGAGCCUCCUGAAGUACUAGAAUCCCUGUUUCAGCUUCUUCUGGAGAUAACUGUCCGUAGCACGGGAAUGAACGACAGUACAGGACAGUCCUUAACAGCACUUUCCUGCGCUUGCCUCUUCAGUUUGGUAGCUGCAUGGGGAGAGACAGGAAGAACAUUGCAAGCGAUCUCUGCUAUCCUCACCAAUAAUGGCAGCCACGCAUGUCAAACUAUUCAGGUGCCAACAAUUUUAAACUCUCUUCAGCGGAGCGUGCAGGCAGUUCUGGUGGGCAAAAUCCAAAUCCAAGACUGGUUCAGUAAUGGGAUAAAGAAGGCAGCCUUGAUGCACAAAUGGCCACUGAAGGAAAUAUCUGUAGAUGAAGAUGACCAGUGCCUACUUCAGAGUGAUGGUUUCUUCCUUUAUCUCUUAUGUAAAGAUGGACUUUACAAGAUUGGCUCUGGAUAUAGCGGGACAGUGAGGGGCCAUAUAUACAAUUCUACAUCUCGCAUCAAAAACAGAAAGGAAAAAAAGUCUUGGUUAGGCUAUGCUCAGGGCUAUUUAUUAUAUAGAGAUGCGAACAAUCACAGUAUGACAGCCAUAAGAAUAAAUCCUGAAACUUUGGAGCAGGACGGUACAGUUGCUUUACCAGAUUGUCAUACUGAAGGGCAGAAUAUCCUCUUCACUGAUGGAGAAUAUGUUAAUCAAAUAGCAGCAUCUAGAGAUGAUGGCUUUGUAGUGCGAAUAUUUGCAACAAGUACUGAGCCAGUGCUGCAACAAGAACUGCAGCUUAAGCUUGCAAGAAAAUGCUUACAUGCCUGUGGCAUCUCAUUGUUUGAUCUGGAGAAAGACUUGCACAUUAUCAGUACAGGGUUUGAUGAGGAGUCAGCUGUCCUUGGUGCUGGAAGAGAAUUUGCACUUAUGAAAACUGCUAGUGGAAAGAUUUAUUAUACUGGUAAAUAUCAGAGUCUUGGAAUCAAACAAGGUGGUCCUUCAGCAGGAAAAUGGGUUGAACUACCCAUCACAAAAUCUCCAAAGAUUAUUCAGUUCUCCGUUGGACACGAUGGUUCACAUGCCUUACUUGUUGCAGAUGAUGGAAGUAUAUUCUUCACAGGUUCUGCUAGUAAAGGAGAGGAUGGCGAAUCAACAAAAAGCAGACGGCAGUCAAAACCAUAUAAGCCUAAAAAAAUCAUCAAAAUGGAAGGAAAGAUUGUGAUAUCUACAGCUUGCAAUAAUGGAAGCAGUUCUGUAAUUUCAAAAGAUGGAGAACUCUACAUGUUUGGAAAAGAUGCCAUUUACUCUGAUAGUACAAGUUUAGUAACAGAUUUGAAAGGCCAUUUUGUGACUCAAGUAGCCAUGGGGAAAGCUCACACCUGUGUGCUAAUGAAGAAUGGAGAAGUUUGGACAUUUGGUGUUAACAAUAAAGGACAAUGUGGACGAGACACGGGCUCCAUGAGCCAGGGAGGAAAAGGCUUUGGAGUUGAGAACAUGGCAACAGCAAUGGAUGAAGAUCUGGAAGAGGAACUGGAUGAAAAGGAUGAGAAAUCCAUGAUGUGCCCUCCAGGCAUGCAUAAAUGGAAGCUGGAGCAGUGCAUGGUGUGCACUGUAUGUGGAGACUGCACAGGCUAUGGAGCUAGUUGUGUUAGUAGUGGGCGUCCAGACAGAGUUCCUGGAGGAAUCUGUGGCUGUGGCUCAGGUGAGUCAGGCUGUGCUGUAUGUGGCUGCUGCAAGGCAUGUGCUAGAGAACUGGAUGGCCAGGAGGCAAGGCAAAGAGGAAUCCUUGACGCUGUAAAAGAGAUGAUACCUUUAGAUCUCUUACUAGCUGUCCCAGUUCCUGGAGUUAAUAUUGAAGAACACCUACAGUUGCGGCAAGAAGAAAAGCGGCAGCGUGUAAAUAGGAGACAUAGACUGGAAGAGGGAAGGGGCCCCCUUGUAUUUCCUGGUCCUAUUUUUAUGAACCAUCGAGAACAGGCUCUAGCCAGAAUCAGACCCCAUCCAGCACAGCUAAAGCAUAAGCGGGACAAGCACAAAGACGGAAGUGGAGAAAGAGGUGAGAAGGAUGCAAGCAAAAUUACAACCUAUCCACCAGGGGCCGUUCGCUUUGACUGUGAGCUGCGGGCUGUACAAGUCAGUUGUGGAUUUCACCAUUCAGUGAUUUUGAUGGAGAAUGGUGAUGUUUACACAUUUGGAUAUGGACAGCAUGGGCAACUUGGACAUGGUGAUGUUAAUUCCAGGGGAUGUCCUACUUUGGUGCAAGCAUUACCAGGUCCUAGUACGCAAGUUACUGCUGGAAGCAACCAUACAGCUAUUCUCUUAAUGGAUGGCCAGGUUUUCACAUUUGGAAGUUUCUCAAAAGGUCAGCUUGGUAGACCAAUUCUGGAUAUGCCCUACUGGAAUGCGAAACCAGCACCUAUGCCUAAUAUUGGUUCUAAAUAUGGACGCAAAGCAACAUGGAUUGGAGCAAGUGGAGACCAGACUUUCCUACGGAUUGAUGAAGCUCUCAUUAAUUCUCACGUGCUUGCUACAUCAGAGAUAUUUGCAAGCAGGCAUAUAAUAGGUUUGGUACCAGCUUCAAUAUCAGAACCUCCACCUUUUAAGUGUCUUCUGAUAAACAAAGUAGAUGGCAGUUGCAAAACAUUCAAUGAUUCUGAGCAGGAAGACCUUCAAGGUUCUGGUGUGUGUCUGGAUCCUGUCUAUGAUGUUAUUUGGAGGUUUCGACCAAAUGCUAGGGAACUGUGGAGUUACAAUGCCGUAGUUGCAGAUUCCAGACUUCCCUCAGCUCCAGACAUGCAAUCCCGAUGCAGUAUUUUGAGUCCAGAACUUGCUCUGCCAACAGGUUCCAAAGCUCUAACCACCAGAUCUCAUGCAGCUUUGCACAUUCUAGGUUGUCUUGAUACUUUGGCUGCUAUGCAGGACUUAAAAAUGGGUAUAGCAAAUACAGAAGAAGAGACUCAAGCAGUAAUGAAAGUUUAUUCUAAAGAGGACUACAGUGUUGUUAACAGAUUUGAAAGUCAUGGAGGUGGCUGGGGUUAUUCAGCCCACUCAGUAGAAGCUAUCCGUUUCUGUGCUGAUACAGAUAUUUUGUUAGGUGGUCUUGGUCUUUUUGGAGGGAGGGGUGAAUACACUGCUAAAAUAAAGUUGUUUGAAUUGGGUCCAGAUGGGGGAGACCAUGAGACUGAUGGCGACCUUCUUGCUGAAACAGAUGUUUUAGCAUAUGAUUGUGCUGCUAGAGAGAAAUACGCAAUGAUGUUUGAUGAACCAGUACUCCUACAAGCUGGCUGGUGGUAUGUAGCCUGGGCAAGAGUGUCAGGACCUAGCAGUGACUGUGGAUCUCAUGGACAGGCCUCUAUUACUACAGAUGAUGGUGUUGUCUUUCAGUUUAAAAGUUCCAAGAAAUCAAAUAAUGGUACAGAUGUUAAUGCAGGGCAGAUCCCGCAGUUACUGUACAGGCUACCAACAAGUGAUGGCAGUGCAUCCAAAGGAAAACAGCAAACCAGUGAACCUGUUCAUAUUUUAAAGAGAUCUUUUGCCAGAACUGUCUCAAUGGAAUGCUUUGAGUCAUUAUUGAGUAUUCUUCACUGGAGCUGGACAACACUGGUGCUAGGAGUUGAAGAACUUCGUGGACUGAAAGGAUUUCAAUACACUGCUACUCUUUUGGAUCUAGAAAGGUUGCGUUUUGUGGGUACUUGCUGUCUGAGGUUGCUGAGGGUCUACACCUGUGAAAUAUAUCCAAUAUCAGCUACAGCUAAAGCAGUUGUAGAAGAAACCAGUAAACUAGCAGAUUGCAUUGGAAAAACUAGGACCUUGCUGAGAAAAAUUCUAUCUGAAGGAGUUGAUCACUGCAUGGUCAAGUUGGACAAUGAUCCCCAAGGAUAUCUCAGUCAGCCCCUGAGUCUUUUAGAAGCUGUUCUUCAAGAAUGCCAUAAUACUUUUACAGCUUGCUUUCAUUCUUUUUAUCCAACACCAUCUCUCCAGUGGGCAUGUCUUUGUGACUUGCUGAAUUGUUUGGACCAGGAUAUCCAGGAAGCAAAUUUCAAAACCUCCAGUAGUCGGCUUCUUGCUGCUGUUAUGUCUGCUCUCUGCCACACUUCAGUAAAACUGACCUCUAUCUUUCCAAUUGCUUAUGAUGGAGAAGCAUUGCUGCGAUCAGUGGUCAAACAAGUCAGCACUGAGAAUGACUCUGCCCUGGCCCAUCGUUUCCCCCUUUUGGUUUCACAUAUGGAAAAACUGAGUCAGAGUGAAGAAAAUGUUUCAGGAAUGACGAGCUUUCGGGAAGUGCUGGAAAAGAUGUUGGUCAUUGUUGUUUUACCAGUCCGGAACAGCCUUAGGCGAGAAAAUGAACUUUUCUCUUCACAUCUGGUUUCUAAUACCUGUGGGUUGCUUGCUAGUAUUGUGAGUGAGCUUACAGCAUCAGCAUUAGGAUCUGAGGUUGACGGACUGAACUCUCUUCAUUCUGUCAAGUCCACACCAAACAGAUUCACUAAAACAAGUCAGGGAAGAAGCUGGAAUACUGGGAACGGAUCUCCUGAUGCAAUAUGUUUCUCUGUGGACAAAGCUGGUGUUGUUGUAGUAGGAUUUUCUGUUUAUGGUGGAGGGGGAAUUCAUGAAUAUGAGCUGGAAGUAUUAGUUGAUGAUAGUGAUCAUACUGGAGAUUCAACUCACUCUCAUAGAUGGACAUCAUUAGAGUUGGUUAAAGGAACUUACACCACAGAUGAUUCUCCCAGUGACAUAGCUGAAAUUAGACUUGACAAAGUUGUGCCACUGAAGGAAAAUGUGAAAUAUGCAGUUCGCUUGAGGAAUUAUGGAAGCCGAACUGCCAAUGGAGAUGGAGGAAUGACCACAGUUCAGUGUCCAGAUGGUGUAACAUUUACUUUUAGUACGUGCAGUCUGAGCAGUAAUGGCACAAACCAAACACGGGGACAGAUUCCACAGAUUCUGUAUUACAGGAGUGAGUAUGACGGAGAUCUACAAUCACAGCUUUUGAAUAAAGCUAAUGAAGAAGACAAAAAUUGUAGCAGGGCUCUUUCUGUUGUGAGUGCUGUUGUACGAGCAGCCAAAGACCUGUUGCACAGGGCUCUUGCUGUAGAUGCUGAAGACAUUCCAGAACUACUCAGCUCUUCCAGUCUGUUCUCAAUGCUGCUUCCCCUCAUAAUAGCCUACAUAGGACCAGUUGCAGCAGCAAUCCCCAAGGUUGCUGUAGAGGUCUUUGGCCUAGUACAACAAUUACUUCCUUCUGUGGCAGUUCUGAAUCAGAAAUAUGCUCCUCCAGCUUUUAACCCCAAUCAGUCUACAGACAGCACCACAGGAAACCAGCCAGAGCAAGGGCUUUCAGCUUGUACCACCUCUAAUCACUAUGCUGUUGUGGAAAGUGAACAUCCCUAUAAACCUGCCUGUGUUACACACUACAAGGUAACUUUUCCUGAGUGUGUCAGAUGGAUAACAAUAGAAUUUGACACUCAGUGUGGCACUGCUCAAUCAGAGGAUGUUCUUCGUUUACUAAUUCCUGUCAGAAUUGCACAGAGUCUGGGAUUUGGACCAAAACAUGCUUCUGUUCAUGAAAAUCUUAAUUCAUGGAUAGAACUGAAAAAAUUCUCCGGAUCUUCAGGAUGGCCUACAAUGGUAUUAGUAUUGCCAGGAAAUGAAGCUCUAUUUUCUCUGGAGACUGCAUCAGACUAUGUGAAAGAUGAAAAAGCUUGUUUUUAUGGUUUCAAAUGUUAUGCAAUUGGAUAUGAAUUCAGUCCAGGAUCUGAUGAGGGUAUUAUUCAGCUGGAAAAAGAAUUGGCCAAUUUAGGAGGGUCAUGUGCAGCAGCUUUGAUGAAGAAAGAUCUAGCUCUUCCUAUUGCAGGUAAUGAAUUUGAAGAAGACCUUGAGAUUCUUGAGGAGGCUGCUUUACAGGUGUGCAAAUCUCAUUCUGGAAUUCUUGGAAAAGGGUUGGCACUGUCUCACUCACCAACGAUAUUGGAAGCUCUUGAAGGAAGUCUUCCACUGCAAGUACAAAGCAAUGAGCAGUCUUUUCUGGAGGAUUUCAUUGCUUGUGUACCAGGAUCAAGUGGUGGACGACUUGCCAGAUGGCUCCAACCAGAUUCAUAUGCUGAUCCUCAAAAGACAUCACUGAUUUUGAAUAAGGAUGACAUUCGUUGUGGUUGGCCAACUGUUAUUACAGUACAAACAAAAGACCAGUAUGGGGAUGUUGUUCAUGUUCCUAAUAUGAAGGUAGAAGUCAAAGCUAUUCCUGUUUCUCAGAAAAAAACAUCUUUGCAACAAGAGCAAGUUAAAAAGGUACAACGGAUACCAGGGAGUCCUGCUGCCGCUGCUUCCCCUUGCACUGAUAUGACUUUUGGAGGACUUCCUUCACCAAAGCUUGAUUCUUCUUAUGAGCCAAUGAUAGUAAAAGAAGCUCGAUAUAUUGCUAUUACAAUGAUGAAGGCAUAUGAAAAUUAUUCUUUUGAAGAACUGCGCUUUGCUUCACCAACACCAAAGAGACCCAGUGAAAACAUGCUGAUCAGAGUCAAUAAUGAUGGUACAUACUGUGCAAACUGGACUCCCGGAGCUGUUGGUCUCUAUACCAUUCAUGUUACUAUAGAUGGCAUUGAAAUAGAUGCUGGGCUAGAAGUGAAAGUAAAAGAUCCUCCAAAGGGAAUGAUACCACCUGGAACCCAACUUAUUAAACCAAAGGCAGAGCCUCAGCCAAACAAGGUUCGCAAAUUUGUGGCCAAGGACAGUGCAGGGCUUCGUAUCCGUAGCCACCCUUCCCUUCAGAGUGAGCAAAUAGGCAUAGUGAAAGUCAAUGGAUCCAUCACUUUCAUUGACGAGAUCCACAAUGAUGAUGGUGUUUGGCUGAGGCUGAAUGAUGAGACAAUAAAGAAGUAUGUUCCUAACAUGAAUGGUUACACUGAAGCCUGGUGUCUCUCUUUUAACCAGCAUCUUGGCAAGAGCCUUCUGGUACCUGUUGACAAUGUCUUUAAUGCUAGCCAAGGAGUAAGGGAUUUGGACUUUUUUUCAUGGACUUCCAAAGCUUUACCCCCUAAGGAAUCUAGGUCUAGUACUGGUGAUUUUUUCAAAGACCUAAAUUCACACUGCCCACAGGAAGCAGUGAUGCAAGAACAAGAUAUGUCAUUACUUCGAGGUGGUCCUGGAGUGUACAAGGUAGUGAAGACUGGCCCAUCAGGUCACAACAUCAGAAGCUGCCCUAACCUUAGAGGUAUCCCAAUUGGAAUGUUAGUUCUGGGAAACAAAGUCAAGGCAGUGGGCGAGGUGACUAAUUCAGAAGGUACAUGGGUGCAAAUGGAUAAGAACAGCAUGGUAGAGUUCUGUGAAAGUGAUGAAGGCGAGGCGUGGUCGUUAGCUAGAGACAGAGGUGGAAACCAGUACCUCCGACAUGAAGAUGAGCAAGUUCUUCUAGAUCAAAAUGUUCAGACUCCUCCCCCAAGUCCAUUUUCAAUACAAGCUUUCAGUAAGGGGACGAGCUGUAGUAAUGGACAAGGGUUUGAUUAUGGCCUUGGAAAUAACAAAGUUUUGACUGUUUUGCCCACUACAGGUGACCAACUGAGUGCCAUACUGAAUUCCAUUCAGUCACGGCCAAAUCUCCCAGCUCCUUCCAUCUUUGAUCAAGCUGCAAAACCUCCCUCUUCCCUAGUCCACAGUCCAUUUGUGUUCGGACAGCCCCUUUCCUUCCAGCAGCCUCAGCCACAGCUUCAGAAAACUCCAUCCUGCUGCCUUGCUUCUCGUGAGCGUAUUUACAAAACUAGUGAUGUAGCUGGGCCUGCCUCUGCUAUUUCAUCUCUCUCUCACAAACUGAAGGGUGACCGAGUGAAUUUCACAGGAGCUGCUAGACCUAUUUCUCCAGCAGGAAAGUCAGACAUGUCAUCAAAACACAGAGCUGACAGCAGGUCACCUAAGCUUGAUGUGCGAAUGAAUAGAGCUGCUGCUGACCAGAAGAAACCUAGGAAUACUGACGGCCUGUCUGCCAGUGAAUCUCUGCUGCUGAAAUCAGAUGCUGCAAAGUUGCGGUCAGAUUCUCACAGCAGAUCUUUGUCUCCAAAUCAUAAUACUUUGCAAACACUAAAAACUGAUGGAAGAACUACAACUGGUCUGAGAGCUGAAUCUCCGGGGCCAGGAACUCGGUCAUCUUCUCCAAAGACAAAGACGCUUACAGCAGUUAGAUCUGGUGCUAGUUCUCCACGAUCCUCAUCACCCCAUGAUAAAAUGGUACCUCAGAAAGCUUCAUCUCCUGUAAAAACAAAGCUUGAUCCUCCUCGAGAACGAUCCAAAUCAGAUUCUUACACAUUAGAUCCAGACACUCUUCGCAAAAAGAAAGUACCGCUAACAGAAUCUUUAAGGGGGAGAUCAACUUCACCCAAACCAAAAAUUAUUACAAAGGAUGUGACACCUACAGAAACUGAAAAUAGAGCUCCAUCCCCUCAUGUCGUUCAAGAAAACCUUCACAGUGAGGUUGUUGAAGUAUGUACUUCAAGUACUCUAAAGACUAACAGCAUUACAGAUAGCACCUGUGAAGACAACACAGAAUUCAGAAGUUUGGACGAUAGUUCUAAUAAAGUUCAUUUCAGCAUAGGGAAAGCACCUCUGAAAGAUGAGCAAGACAUGAGAGCAUCUCCAAAAGUGAGCCGUAAAUGUGCUGGUAGGCAUACAAGACCCAAAAAGGAGAAAUCCAAUUUUCUUUUUAAAGGAGAUGGCUCCAAGUCUAUAGAGCCAGCCAAGCAAGCAAUGUCACCUUCUGUUGCAGAAUGUGCUAGAGCUGUGUUUGCUGCUUUUCUUUGGCACGAAGGAAUAGUUCAUGAUGCUAUGGCUUGUUCAUCUUUUUUGAAGUUUAAUCCAGAACUGUCCAAAGAGCAUGCACCAAUACGAAGCAGUCUUACUCAACAGCCUGCAGAGGAAAAAGAAACCAAGUUGAAAAAUAGGCAUUCAUUAGAAAUAUCCUCUGCUCUUAACAUGUUCAACAUUGCUCCUCAUGGACCAGAUAUAUCUAAAAUGGGCAGCAUCAACAAAAACAAGGUCCUUUCAAUGUUAAAAGAACCACCGUUGCAUGAAAAGUGUGAGGAUGGAAAAACUGAAACUACCUCCUUUGAAACAUCCAGUCAUCACACUAUGAAAUCCAAGUCUCCUCUUCCAUUAACACUGCAGCACUUGGUAGCUUUCUGGGAAGAUAUUUCUUUAGCAACUAUUAAAGCAGCUUCUCAAAAUAUGAUUUUUCCAAGUCCUGGUUCUUGUGCAGUGUUAAAGAAGAAGGAAAAUGACAAAGAUAACAAGAAAACUAAGAAAGAGAAAAAGAAAAAAGAAAAGGUUGAGGCUCGACCAAGGGGAAAUCUUUUUGGUGAGAUGGCCCAACUGGCUGUAGGAGGACCUGAAAAAGACACCAUCUGUGAAUUGUGUGGAGAAUCACAUCCAUAUCCAGUGACUUACCACAUGAGACAAGCUCAUCCAGGUUGUGGUCGUUAUGCUGGUGGCCAAGGUUAUAAUAGCAUAGGACACUUCUGUGGAGGAUGGGCUGGUAAUUGUGGUGAUGGUGGUAUUGGAGGAAGCACGUGGUAUUUGGUAUGUGAUCGAUGCAGAGAAAAAUACCUCCGUGAAAAGCAAGCAGCAGCAAGAGAGAAGAUUAAACAAUCUAGGAGGAAACCAAUGCAAGUUAAGACUCCUCGUGCCUUGCCAACUAUGGAAGCUCAUCAAGUGAUUAAAGCUAACGCACUAUAUUUGCUGUCACUGAGCAGUGCUGCUGAACCUAGUAUCCUCUGCUAUCACCCUGUAAAAGCAUUCCAAUCUCAACUUCCCAGUCUAAAAGAAGGAAUUUCUGAAGAUUUUCCCAUUAAAAUGCCAUGUCUGUAUCUACAGACCUUAGCCAGGCAUCAUCAUGAAAACUUUGCUGGGUACCAGGAUGACAACCUCUUCCAGGAUGAGAUGAGGUACCUGCGCUCAACUUCUGUACCUGCACCAUACAUCUCAGUUACUCCUGAUGCAAGCCCUAACGUCUUUGAAGAGCCAGAGAGUAACAUGAAAUCUAUGCCUCCAAGGUACUUCUCUUCUAGUUUGGAAACUAGUCCAAUAACAGAUACAGACCUUGCGAAGCGCACAGUCUUUCAAAGGUCAUAUUCAGUUGUUGCAUCAGAAUAUGACAAACAGCACUCCAUUUUGCCAGCACGUGUAAAGGCAAUCCCCAGGAGACGAGUUAACAGUGGAGAUGCAGAAGUGGGGUCCUCUCUCCUGAGACAUCCAUCUCCUGAACUUUCUCGGUUAAUCUCCGCCCACAGCUCUCUUUCCAAAGGAGAGAGAAACUUCCAGUGGCCAGUGUUGGCUUUUGUAAUCCAGCAUCAUGAUCUGGAAGGACUUGAAAUAGCAAUGAAACAGGCCUUACGGAAAUCUGCUUGCCGAGUAUUUGCCAUGGAGGCUUUUAAUUGGCUUCUUUGUAAUGUCAUUCAAACAACUUCUCUUCAUGAUAUUUUAUGGCAUUUUGUGGCUUCCCUGACUCCUGCACCUGUAGAACCUGAAGAGGAAGAGGAUGAAGAAAAUAAAUCAAAUAAAGAAAAUGCAGAACAAGAGAAAGACACAAGAGUGUGUGAACAUCCUCUGUCUGAUAUAGUGAUUGCUGGGGAAGCAGCUCACCCAUUACCUCACACUUUUCAUCGUCUGCUCCAAACAAUCUCUGAUCUUAUGAUGUCUCUACCCAGUGGUAGUGCGUUACAGCAAAUGGCUUUAAGGUGCUGGAGUCUCAAAUUCAAACAAUCUGACCAUCAGUUCCUGCACCAGAGCAAUGUUUUCCAUCAUAUCAACAAUAUUUUGUCUAAAUCUGACGAUGGAGACAGUGAAGAAAGUUUUAGUAUCAGUAUACAGUCAGGUUUUGAAGUCAUGAAUCAGGAACUGUGUAUAGUGGUUUGUCUAAAAGACCUAACAAGCAUUGUUGACAUUAAAACAUCAAGCCGACCUGCCAUGAUUGGUAGUUUAACAGAUGGAUCUACAGAAACAUUCUGGGAGUCAGGAGAUGAAGAUAAAAACAAAACUAAAAACAUCACAAUUAACUGUGUAAAAGGAAUCAAUGCACGCUAUGUGUGUGUUCAUGUGGACAAUUCCAGAGAUCUUGGGAACAAAGUGACUUCCAUGACCUUCCUAACUGGUAAGGCAGUAGAAGAUCUCUGCAGAAUAAAGCAGGUAGACUUGGAUUCAAGACAUAUUGGCUGGGUAACGAGUGAACUUCCUGGGGGUGAUAAUCACAUCAUCAAAAUUGAAUUGAAGGGUCCCGAGAACACACUCAGAGUUCGACAAGUGAAAAUUCUUGGAUGGAAAGAUGGCGAAAGCAUUAAAAUAGCAGGCCAGAUUUCUGCAAGUGUAGCUCAGCAAAGAAACUGUGAAUCGGAGACACUGCGAGUAUUCCGACUUAUUACAUCUCAGGUAUUUGGAAAACUCAUCUCUGGUGAUGCUGAGCCGACUCCAGAACAAGAAGAAAAAGCUCUCCUGUCUUCCCCAGAAGGAGAAGAAAAAGUACACAAUGCAACAUCAGAUGCAGACCUGAAAGAGCACAUGGUAGGCAUCAUAUUCAGCCGGAGCAAACUGACAAAUUUGCAAAAGCAGGUGUGUGCUCAUAUAGUCCAGGCCAUACGAAUGGAAGCAACCCGUGUGCGUGAGGAAUGGGAGCAUGCCAUCUCUAGCAAAGAGAACGCCAACUCACAACCCAACGAUGAAGACGCUUCUUCUGAUGCGUAUUGCUUUGAGCUGCUGUCAAUGGUUCUGGCAUUGAGUGGUUCCAAUGUAGGCCGGCAGUAUUUGGCUCAGCAGCUGACUCUGCUGCAAGAUCUCUUCUCAUUAUUACAUACUGCUUCUCCGAGGGUGCAGAGACAGGUAACAUCGUUACUAAGGCGUGUUUUGCCUGAGGUAACCCCUAGUCGCUUGGCUAGUAUCAUAGGAGUGAAGGCUCUUCCACCAGCAGAUAUAAGUGAUAUUAUUCACUCAACAGAAAAGGGAGAUUGGAAUAAACUGGGUAUUUUAGAUAUGUUUUUGGGAUGCAUUGCCAAAGCUCUCACUGUACAGCUAAAAGCCAAAGGAACUACUAUAACUGGGACAGCUGGCACUACAGCAGGCAAAGGAGUUACUACAGUCACACUUCCAAUGAUCUUCAAUUCCAGCUAUAUUCGGCGAGGUGAAAGCCAUUGGUGGAUGAAGGGUUCAACACCUACACAGAUUUCAGAGAUCAUUAUUAAACUGAUUAAAGACAUGGCGGCAGGUCACCUGUCAGAGGCUUGGUCCCGUGUGACAAAGAAUGCUAUUGCUGAAACCAUCAUAGCUCUGACCAAAAUGGAAGAAGAAUAUCGAUCACCAGUGAGGUGCAUUGCAACAACCAGAUUAUGGCUGGCCCUAGCAUCCUUGUGUGUACUUGAUCAGGAUCAUGUUGAUAGACUGUCCUCAGGAAGAUGGAUGGGAAAGGAUGGACAGCAGAAACAGAUGCCAAUGUGCGAUAACCACGAUGAUGGUGAAACUGCUGCCAUCAUUUUAUGUAACGCCUGUGGGAAUUUGUGUACAGAUUGUGACCGAUUCCUUCAUCUCCAUCGACGAACAAAAACUCAUCAGAGACAGGUAUUCAAAGAAGAAGAAGAAGCUAUCAAAGUUGAUCUUCACGAAGGUUGUGGUAGGACCAAGCUUUUCUGGCUGAUGGCAUUAGCAGAUUCUAAAACUAUGAAAGCUAUGGUGGAGUUCAGAGAACAGACAGGCAAACCAACCACCAGCAGUUCCGAAGCGUGUCGCUUCUGUGGUUGUAGGAGUGGAACGGAAUUAUCAGCAGUGGGAAGUGUUUGUUCUGAUACAGAUUGCCAGGAGUAUGCUAAAAUUGCCUGCAGCAAGACACAUCCUUGUGGCCAUCCAUGUGGCGGUGUUAAGAACGAAGAGCACUGCUUACCAUGCUUGCAUGGUUGUGAUAAGAAUGCUACAACUCUUAAACAAGAUGCUGAUGACAUGUGUAUGAUCUGUUUUACUGAAGCACUUUCAGCAGCGCCAGCGAUCCAGUUGGACUGCAGCCAUGUUUUCCAUUUGCAAUGCUGUCAACGAGUACUCGAAAACAGAUGGCUUGGGCCAAGGAUAACCUUUGGGUUUAUGUCCUGUCCUAUCUGCAAGAACAAAAUCAAUCAUACAGUAUUAAAGGAUUUGCUUGAUCCAAUCAAAGAACUUUAUGAAGAUGUAAGGAGAAAAGCACUAAUGAGAUUGGAGUAUGAAGGACUGCACAAGAGUGAGGCCAUCACGACACCAGGUGUUAGAUUUUACAAUGACCCAGCUGGCUAUGCCAUGAACAGAUAUGCUUAUUAUGUUUGCUACAAGUGCAAAAAGGCGUAUUUUGGUGGUGAAGCUCGGUGUGAUGCUGAGGCUGGACAAGGAGAUGACUAUGAUCCGAGAGAGCUUAUCUGUGGUGCAUGCUCUGAUGUUUCAAGGGCUCAGAUGUGUCCCAAACACGGUACAGAUUUCCUAGAGUACAAAUGCCGCUACUGCUGUUCGGUUGCUGUUUUUUUCUGUUUUGGGACAACUCAUUUUUGCAAUGCUUGCCAUGAUGAUUUCCAAAGAAUGACAAGCAUCCCUAAAGAAGAACUCCCACACUGUCCUGCAGGUCCCAAAGGUAAACAACUUGAAGGAACCGAAUGUCCACUUCAUGUUGUCCAUCCACCUACCGGUGAAGAAUUUGCUCUGGGUUGUGGGGUUUGCAGAAAUGCUCACACUUUUUAGAAUUAUUUUUUUUUUUAAACCAGAGCAAAACAGGUGCCCUCAUCCCUCAAAUGUCCUAAAAAUAAAGUCCAGUUGGGAUGAGGACGGGACCAUUCCAUAACCCAGGUAAAAGGAACAAUUUGCAGUGCAAGAAGGAUGCCAAAACCAUGUACAUAAUUCUUGCUGUGAGAAAUUGACAUUUUUUUGAACCGAGACAUCAAAACUUGUGAGGUGUUUGCAUGUGGCCAUUACAGUCAUCGGCUAGGAAACAUUGAACAUUUACAAAUAAAUAAUUGCUAUUAAAGGAUCUGUGUGUCUGUGGACUAUGAAUGAUGCUGGCUUUCAGGAGAAAGAAAAAAAUAUUGAUUAUUGUAUACUGACUUUUUGUAAUCUUGUACAAUUGUAACGCAUCACAAGUGGGGAUGGGAAAGAAUAUUCUGGUUUAUUUCCUAGACUGUUAUUAAAAAAAAAUUGUGUUAGGAAGGCAUAAAUGUAACAAGUAUCACGCUGUAUAUAAAGGUAUCAAUGUUUGUCCUGUAUAAGAAUUAAGUUACAACAGCAGUUUCAUUUAAACUUCUGGGUUAUGUUUGAGCCUGAAAUUUUAAUGAAGUGCAAUACUGAGUGUGCCUCAUAUCUCGCAGCUGUAAACAUAAUGGAAUGUACAUGUCAAUAAAGCCACUGUACAUUUUUAUACAGUGAAAGUCUAA